AUGAACAAGUUAUUUAUUUGUUUAAUUAUUACUAUUAUAUUUUCAAAUAUUGUUGUAAUCUACUCAAAACCAUUUAAUUUUGAUAGAUCCUACCAAGAAUGGAGAAAACCAAACCCAAAACCAGAUAUUCAUACACCCGAAUACUAUGAUGCUUCCUAUUUAAAAGAUUUAAAUACUAUUAAAGAUACCCCAGAUCAAUUUUUAGUUACCGAUUUACCAGGUCUCAGUGAUAAUAUUACUUUUUAUUCAGGUCUUAUUAAUGUUAAUGAAACAAGCAACGGUAAUCUUUUCUUUUGGUUUUUCCCAGCAAAUGUUUCAAACCCAUUAGAUGCACCAUUUUUAAUAUGGUUAAAUGGUGGUCCAUGUUGCACCAGCUCAGAUUCAGUUUUCAUCGAAACUGGUCCAUUAAGAUUCAACAGUGAUGGUAAAACCUUCCACCUCAAUCCAUGGAGCUGGCACAAUGCCGCCAAUGUCCUCUAUAUCGAUCAACCAGUCGGUACAGGUUUAAGUUUUACCUAUGGUGAUAGUGUUACCAACGAUCUCGAAAUCAAUCAAAACUUUUAUCAAUUCCUUCAAAGUUUCUUUACCAUUUUCUCAGAUUACUCUAAAUUACCAUUCUACAUGAGUGGUGAAAGUUAUGCUGGUCAUUACAUCCCACAUAUGGCUGAUUAUAUUUUAAGUAUGAACAGUCAAACUUCAACUAAUAAAAACCUCAUCCCAAUUAAUAUUGCUGGUAUUGCAAUGGGUAACGGUUAUACCCAUCCACCAGUUCAAAUUGCCUCAUAUGCUACAUUUGGCUAUAAUAUUGGUAUUAUUGGUAUUAACCAAGUCAACGAAUACAACCAACUCAAUGAACUCUGUCAAGAGCAAUUAAAAUUAAACAACUACAAUUCUGAUGAAUGUGCUAAUGUUUUCAAUCAACUCUUAUCAGACUCAGGUACAAACACCACAUCAAUGGUUAAUAUGUAUGAUUACAGAUUAAACGACCCAACAGCAGGCGACAACUGGCCACAACCAGGUCUCGGCUUUGAAACCAGCUAUCUCCAAAGAGCUGACGUUAGAGCUGCCAUCCAUGCCAAUCCAAACUUACCAGACGUAUGGACUGAAUGUAACAUGACCUGUAAUGCUGCACUCACCAAUCAAGAUGAAUCUUCAUUAUUCCUUUUACCAAUCCUCCUAAAACAAAUUAAAGUUUUGAUUUAUAACGGUCAAUUUGAUAUUAUUUGUAACCACGUUGGUACCACCCAAUAUUUAGACGGUAUGGAAUGGGAUGGUCAACAAUCAUGGAACAAUGCCUCACGUUUCACUUGGAACUCAUUCAAUAACGAAGGAACUGCUACUGUUACCGCUGGUUAUGGUAAAACCUUUGAAAAUCUUACUUUUGUAUUAGCUUUAGGCGGUUCACAUAUGUAUCCAAUGGAUAUGCCAGCUAGUUCAUAUGAUAUGAUCAAAAGAUUCUUAAAUAAUGAAUCAUUUGCCGACCUUCCACAAUCAUUCGGCUUUGAAUCUCCAGCUCCAAAACAACCAGUUCCAUUAACCUUACCAAUUUGGAUUGGUAUUUGCGUUGGUGGCUCCGCUUUCUCACUCAUUGUUGGUAUUCUCAUUACAUUCUUAAUUAUGAGAAAAUCAAAUAAGCAUUACUAUAGAGUAAUUCAAUAA